AUGGUCAGCAGUGGAGCUCAGGCAUCGCCGCCACCAAAGGGCAUUUACUGCCCAGUUCCAACCUUUUUCGCGAAAAAAGGCAGCUCAAACUACGACCCAGUAUCACCUCCGCUCGAUCUCGAGACACAGAGUGAACACUCGCUUUUCUUGGCAAGAGGUGGCAUCAAGGGUUUGGUCAUUCUGGGCAGCACCGGCGAGGCGAUCUUUGUUCGCAACUCUGAGCGGCAUGAAUUGAUCAAGAGCCAGAGGAAGACUUUGGACGAUGCCGGCUUUAAGGACAGACCCAUUAUUGCGGGCACUGCGACACAAAACAUAGAUGACACAAUUGAGAUGAUCAAGGACAGCCAGGCAGCAGGUGCUGAAUAUGCGAUGGUACUCGGUCCGGCAUACUUUGCUCCAGCAACAGGUCAAGCAGGUCUUCAGAAGUGGUUUGAGGUAGUGGCAGAUCGAUCACCAAUUCCUAUCCUAAUUUACCACUACCCCGGCGUGACGAAUGGCCUCUACAUUGCACCAUCCACAUUCGAGAAGCUGGCAGCGCACCCGAACAUUGUUGGCACAAAGCUCUCGCACGGCAUCAUCGAUGACCAGACAUUGAUCGCUUCAUCGCCCAACAUCGACCACGAGCACUUCUACACAUUCACCGGUCUUGGUCAGAACUUGCUUCCAGUGUUGACAAUUGGUGGUGUCGCCGCCAUUGAUGGUCUGUCCGGCUGCUUUCCAAGAGUGGUCGUCAGACUCUUCCGCAUGUUCAAUGACAGCUCAGCCAAGGGCACAACCAAACAGGAUAUCAACCAGAUGCGCGAGUUGCAAUUCAGGAUAUGCAAAGGCGAGAAGCUCAUUGCUGCCUGGGGUCCGGUUGGGAUGAAGGAAGCUAUUGGCAGACUCUGGGGCAUGGGCGAUCCCAAGGGCAACCGUCUACCUCUCGCCGGAGGCUUCCAGGAUGGCGAGAAGGAAUGGGCCAAGUGGGAUAAGACUUUCCAGGGCCUCAAGGAAUUGGAGCAGAAGUUCGAGUCGGAGGAGAAGUGA